ACGCCGCACGCGCUCCCCCGCCCGCCCCGGCUGAAGGCGCUGCCACUUGGAGCCGCCCGCUCGCCCGCCCACUCGCCCACCCUCGCCAGCUCUUCUCCGCUGUAACUCCAGGCAAGGCACUCAGCCGCUUUCGCCGCCGCUUUCGCCACCAUGUCUGAGAUCCUGCCCUAUAACGACGACAAAGUGGCCCGCUAUGGCACCGACUCGGAGGUGGGCGACAUCUCCUUCAGCUGCCGGCUCCAGGACACCAACUCCUGGGGCAACCAGUCCAAGCGGCCCCCCAAGUUAGGACAGAUCGGACGAGCCAAGCGAGUGGUCAUCGAAGACGAUCGAAUAGACGAGGUGCUGAAGGGCAUGGCUGGGAAAUCGCCGUCCGGGGUAUAAGUCGGCACCGCGGCGCCUGCGGCAGCUGCAGCGGAUCCCCCGAAUUUUUAAGCACUUUUGGCUGUGCAUGUUUGUUGGGAUUGUGGACAACCAGAAAAGCACGGAAGAAGAUGAGGCUGCUGGCAACACCCUCCACCUCCAACGCGACCCCGGCCCGAAGAGGGAACUGAUGGGGGCCGUCAUCUCCCCCUCCUCCGUCUCCCACGGAGCGCCACGGGACGCCGCGAUCUUGUAACCCCACGUCGUCCCCGUUGCCACGGGACGAUGCCCAAAGGUUAAACGACCCUUCUAGAAAGAGGCCUCCUUUUUCGCGGGGGGGGAGGAAGGGCGGGGGCUGAAUGGCGCUCUUGCGCCUUGAGGAGCUGUCCAUUUCAGCACCGUCGCCGCUCGACGCGCCGAGCCGCCCGCGCCAGCCCCGCUUCCUACGCGCCUGCAGAUGGGGAGCCGUUCAUUUCAGCACCCGCCCCCUCGGAUGCACUGCCUGCGGAACCGUCCACCGCAGCGACUCCUGAGCGCCCGUUCUGGGCUGUUUUGUCUUGUCCCUAGCAUCUUGCCCCUCCCCCCCACUCUUCCGGUUCACAACAGCAGCAGAGUUGAGUCCCCUCUUGGUCUUGAGUGACCCCACGCCACGAUAUGAAGGUGCUGAGCCACAGGAUCGCCUAGUGCUCUUAAUUUUUAAAGGGGGGGGGGUGUCUCCUUUAGCAAUGCACUUUACGCCUUUCACUUGGGGGGGUGGCUGCGUAGCUGACAUCUUGCAUAGGCAUAGAUACCCAGAUACAAAUACCAGACCCACACUCUUCUCUAAAUAUAAUAAGUUUCAUCGUGUUUGUAUAAUAGAUUUGCCACUCAGUAGUUCACAGUGGUAACUGCUUCAUUAUAAUUCACUCCUUUAUACCUUAUCCCGACCUGUAAAAAAAAAAGUGUUUGCAAAAUACCAGCAGUUUGGAAGCAAACCCAAAGCCAGCAGUGCUGAGUGGAAGACAAAGAGAUUCUGAUCUGGAUGGACUAUAGUAUAAAAGACAGUGAUUAUUUUGCUGUCAAGAGACAUUUUUGCUCCAUCUUUUUUGCAUGAGCUUCCUGGUCUCGGUGCCACGUCUUGGUGCCACUAGUCAUCCCACUAUGGCACGCUUCUUUUUAACAGAAACUCUUCAUAUUUGUAUUUUUAUAUCUGAAUAUUUGUUAACAACAAUCUGCUAAUGUCUAAUGUCAAAACGUUGCAUCAAAAGAUUGUUUGUAUUUUUUUUCCAUAAAAAAGAAAGAUAGACAAGAUUUAUAUGGUGGAUUUCUCAUAGGAAGGCAGAUAUAUUGAAAAAGUUGGCUCUCUUAAUUAUAUCAGUAUUGAACAGGACUUCUUGAAUGUGUUUCGCACUCAUUGUUGACAAGAAAUGUAUUUAAUGAAUCUUAUACUGUGGUCAUGGCUUUGUUGAUGGACUUUGUAGGAUCAUGAUGAAUUUAGAAAAAAAAAAUAUUGCACUGUUUAUGAAUGUGUCCAGAUAACUUGCUGGUUAUAUGAUGCCUCUUUCUUAAGAGGGGAUAUUCAGAGCUGUUUUUAAUUUUGUACUUUAAUUUAUUUUUUUUAAGAAGCUUAUUGUCUGUUGUGCAUGGAAAAAAAAACUUUUCAAGAAUAUACAAUGACAUUUUAUGAAGACAAGCAAAAAAAAGAAAAAAAAAGAAAAAAUGUCAUGACAUUCUAGGAAUGACCCAUUGUAAAUUUUAAUGCCAUUUUUCACUGUACUGGAGAACAAAACUCAAUGAAUAAAUACAUACAUGUA